AGUAAAGCUGUAAUUGCCAUGGGAGCAAAUUCAAGACUUCAAAAAGCACAUUCUCUCUUUUCAUUUUCAGUUGCAGUCACACCCAUUGCUGACUGAGACCCGCCCCACGCACCACCGCACCACCACACCACCAAGUCAUCUCUCCAACUCAUACCCAUCUGUUUCUGCUUCGAAAAGUCUUUUUAACAGUCUUCCAAAGGAACAAAAAGUUUCAUACAAUUUUUUUACAUAUAAUAAUAAUAUUUAAAAAAUACACAGUAUGUUCUUUGCUAUCUGGUUUGGAACCAAACAAUGCCUUAUCUAACAAUAGAAGUGAUGGCAUUGGCUAUGGUUUUGCUUCAGCUGUGUUUUUUCAUGAAAGUAGUGUGCCAUCCCUUUCUGUUUGAUAGGAUUACUCAGUUGCCGGGUCAACCUCAAGUCGGGUUCCAGCAGUAUUCUGGUUAUGUGAUUGUUGAUAAUAAAGAACAGAGAGCUCUGUUUUACUACUUUGCUGAAGCAGAAACAGAUCCAGCUUCUAAGCCUCUCGUUCUCUGGCUAAACGGAGGGCCCGGUUGCUCUUCUCUUGGAGUCGGAGCAUUUUCUGAAAAUGGGCCAUUCAGGCCUAGUGGCGAAGUUCUUGUCAAGAACCAGCAUAGCUGGAACAGAGAAGCCAAUAUGUUGUAUUUGGAGACACCAAUUGGAGUUGGAUUCUCUUAUUCCACUGAUACCUCUUCCUACGAGACUGUUAACGACAAAAUUACAGCUAGAGACAAUCUGGUGUUCUUGCAAAAAUGGUUUAUCAAAUUCCCACAGUACAGAAACAGAAGCUUGUUCAUCUCUGGAGAAAGCUACGCUGGUCAUUAUGUACCCCAACUGGCAGAACUCAUGCUUGAAUUCAAUAAGAAGCAUAAGUUGUUCAAUUUGAAAGGAAUUGCUCUAGGCAAUCCAGUUUUGGAUUUUGCUACAGACUUCAAUUCAAGGGCUGAGUUCUUCUGGUCUCAUGGAUUGAUAUCAGACACAACCUAUAAAAUGUUUACUUCAGUUUGUAACUACUCAAGGUAUGUGAAUGAAUACUACAGAGGUUCAGUCUCUCCUAUAUGUUCAAGGGUGAUGGGCCAAGUGAGUAGAGAAACCAGUAGAUUUGUAGACAAGUAUGAUGUUACCCUUGAUGUCUGCAUAUCUUCAGUACUCGCCCAGUCCAAUGCCCUUAGUCCCAAAGUGAGUGGAACAUAUCAUUUGAUCAGCUUGUCUUUUGACUAUAGCAAUUCUGCUUUUGAUUUGCUAAUUGUUAGACCUUUUUUCCUGUCCCUCUUUCUUUUGGUUCUGCAGCAAGUUGGUGAUAACAUAGACGUAUGUGUUGAAGACGAAACAGUUAAUUAUCUAAAUAGGCAAGAUGUUCAGAAGGCUCUCCAUGCGCGUCUUGUCGGUGUCCGAAGAUGGACUGUCUGCAGCAACAUUUUAGAUUAUGAGCUGCUGGAUUUGGAGAUACCAACAAUAGCUAUUGUGGGCAGACUCAUCAGAGCAGGAAUCCCUGUCUUGGUUUACAGUGGAGAUCAGGAUUCUGUUAUUCCACUGACUGGAAGUCGAACAUUAGUCCGUGGACUGGCUGAGAAAUUGGGACUCAAAACCUCUGUGCCUUACAGAGUUUGGUUUGGGGGUCAGCAGGUUGGUGGGUGGACUCAAGUCUAUGGCAAUAUCCUUUCUUUUGCCACAAUCAGAGGAGCAUCCCAUGAAGCUCCAUUUUCCCAGCCUGAAAGAUCUUUGGUGCUGUUCAAGGCAUUUUUGGAAGGGCGACCUUUGCCUGAAGCAUUUUGAUCUGAUCAGCUGAUCAGUUAUUUGAUUGGAAUACGGAAUCAAUUGUAAGUAGUGGAUUGCAAUUGCAAAAAGUAACUUGUCAAUUAUCUAAAUACUGCAUUGGUUUGUUUGUUCCUUGGAUUUUGUCCAUGCUGUGGAAUGUAGAAAAAUUUUGUAAAGAACAAGUAAAGGAAGAAUGUAUGUUCUUUUCUGAAUUUUGAAUC